GCCUUCAAGAACAUCGCUACAGUGUCAAAGAAGGGCCAAAUCUAUCUGAGAGCGCGAAUACUGUCGUCGUUGGCGCAAGGUAAACUUUCCGAACGUCAACGUGGAGUUCUAGCAUUGAGACGGCAUCUGCACAGAUCGGCUUCGUCCGGAUUCCGCGGACGACUGCCAUGCAUAACGCGCGCACGCGGAACCCACCAUGACGCCGUCCGUCUACACGAUCUGUAAUUCCCAACCCUGUCAGCGGUCGCGCCUGCUUAUACCUCGUGCCCAGGGCGCCUGUAUAGGGAUGCUCACGGUCACUGGCGCUUCCGACCUCCGCCAGGAGAAGUAAGUUUUCAAAAUUGAUGAGUGCACGCUCGACGUCAACGGCUCAGAGGGAAACUUUCUUUGGCCCAAUUUCCCAAUAAUGAUAUAGCAUAUUUGUUCACACUUCAGCGACUAUGCACCUGCCACACUGGACAUCUUUCAAGCUUUUCAAGAGCCACUUCAAACCCGUCGAAGGGAACUUGGCACAGGCUCUUCAGAAUUCCGGUCAUUGUCAAAUGCUGUUCCGACCACAGAAGCCGUCCCGGCUUACAAUUUCAACUACUGCUACAGAGGUGCAGGCUACGAUUGAGGAGGAUAAGCGUAAAACCAGGGAAGAAGAGUCAAUCAUGCAAGCAUAUCAUAUUGCCAGAAUCGCCCGCAGUCGACUGCAGAAGGAAGCCGAACGAAAGGAUCACAACUUGAGGUGCUUAGUCGGGCAUGCAAAUCUCCUGGACGAUCUGGCGGAGACCAUUGAAGAGGUCGACCCCGACUUCGACAUUGAUGAAUUGGAGCCUUACAUCGAAUCGCCAGUCCUUUGUGACAGCGUGACGGCCAAGCCAAUACGUCGCGGCCAGGUCGAUGCCAUCCUACGGAGUAUCGACCUGCCUGAGGAUGCCGACGACGAGAUACUCGACGAUGACGACGAAGACGAGGUCUACGACGAGUCUGAUGACGACCUCGAUGAUCCUCCAACUCCACCAUCGACUCCAGAGCAGGCAGAGUUCGGUGGAAAGCAAGACUACGGCGCCCUCCUGACGGGGCAUGGCCUCAUUUCCAACGUGGAGUUCUCGUUGGAGCCGGACUAUGGUCAGGAGGAUGAGGAGUGUACCGUCGCCGAGCAGUCCUGCAUGGAUUACACUCCACCCAAGACUAUUCGGCGGAUGAAAAGGUUGCCCAUUAUCACCAUCACAGCUCUUGGAGAAGACACUUGAACGCAAAUCAAGUGGCCGCCAUCCAUCGACGGAUGGCGUAUCAACAAUCUCAACUCCUUACUAAGUGGCUCAAUUUGGAUUGAACGCUGGUGAUAUCUCUCCAGGAUGUCGCAUUAUCCGAUUUUCCUUGGAAGCCUGCUGCGCAUGCACCGGUCCAGGUUUACCCGCCGACACACGCCUGACGCAAUAAAUACUGCAGUCGAUAUUCACUGGGAAAGGCCUCUUCUCCAACAGCUCCCGAUCAUGGCGCCUCCAGGUUCGAAGAAGGCAGAGGCUCGAUCCAAGUAUUCUUAUCCCACUCAACGUGUUCCAGCCACUGCAGAAACUCCGCGUCAUUGCCGAUGGGAAAGUACGUCGACGACGAGUCGUCAUAUACCGCAGCCUCUCUCGUCGCUGGCGCUGAUGAAGGCAGUGGAUUUGGGGACAAGAUCUGGUCCAGCACUCUGGACAGAGCUCGGCGACCUUGAUCACAGAUGAAGAAAUUCCCCUCUCCUGGUCCGACUGCCGAAAGUGCGGAGAUGAAGACGCUCAGGUCUUGAAUGGUCUCCGAGCGAGGCAGGAGGUCGGGUGUCCAUUGUCGUGUCCGUUCUUGCGUGAGCAGCUCAACUGCGAGCACACCAGCAGCUGGCAAACCGUGUAAUGCAAGCUAUGAUAUUAUUAGUACUCUUCCACCGAACCUUCUUCACGUGUAGAAAUAAGCUUACCAAAUAAAUCAAAUCUCCCUGAAAAUCUCGAAAGAAUUCCUUCUUCGACUGAGCCAGUAGGACCAUUUUCAACAUCCUUCGGGCGAUCGGAAUAAGUUUCUUGGUGUCAGUGCGCAAUCUACUGACCAUCGCUCGUUGCAACAGAAACUCAGUAUGCGCUAUCCCGGU